AUGGAUUUUUGGACCAAACUCAUCAGCGGCGUGAGCAACAACAAGUCUGCCACGUCCGCCGCGUCCAGUCCGCAACAACGCCUGCAACGCUUCCGUCGAGCAUACAAUCCCAUCCUACAGCUAUGUGGCCGUCCACAAACCCUAGCAUCUCACGCCCCCGCCCUCGAUCAACUCUAUUCCUCCCUGCAGACCAUCAACGCAUUGCUCGCUGACGAGAGCCGAUCCCCUGCUCCUCACCUCUGUCUCAACUUUACCCAGUCCUCGCAAAUCUACAGCGUCGUCGCCCGCGCUGCCUCGACCUCUCGCGAUCCUCGUCUCGUACGCCAGACUGUUCUCUUGUUCAGCUUGCUGCUCGAGAGCGAGGAUGAAGACUUCGUCGCUUCCCCGACCUUUGCCAAAUCCUUCAUGCGCUUUGCCCUGCGCCUUAUAGACUCCAACUCGGCUGGCUAUGGCGAAGACAUUGAGGCUGAUGUCGUCGAGCUCCUGUUUGCUGUCGUCGCAAAAAUCCGUGUACAACCUAAUAUUCUCUCCGUCUGGUUCUCCUCUUCAGCACACAAGGACGAUUCGCAAAAGGCUUCAGACCAAUUUGCCGGCCAAACACAAAAGGAUGACUUCCCCUUAUGCUAUCUUCUGAUCGAUCGUAUCCACCAUGAUGGGCGUAUCGGCGAUUUCGCUCGUACCGGUCUACUAUAUAUCUUCGAGGCCGUCUCCAAUUCUACACAUCUCGAAGAUUGGAUCAUCGAAAGCGACCUGCCUACCUUGAUGGCCUCCGGUCUUGGUGCCUUGUACAGUCAAUUAAGCCGAGAGUUGUCUAUUCUGCAUGACCACGACCGCCUACCUAUGAUCCUCGCUCUUUCAGAUUACAUCGAUGCUCAGCAGGUAUCGUCAACCGAGAACAUCUUCUCGCCAACACAUGCUACCCAUAUGGCCACUUUCCUAUCUCACCUUGCUUUCUGGCAAGACGUCUUGGAACACUGCAAGUCUGAAAGUGUCAAGACUACCCUGCUAGAUCAUUUCCGAGUCCUCUUUUUGCAACAGCUUCUCUAUCCCUCGCUGCUCCAGUCUUCUGACACAGAUGGCGGUUCAUCUGUCGCUGUCCUCACUUAUCUUUCCAAUAUUUUCGAGUCGCUAGACCAUCCCGAUCUAACACGAAUGGUACUGCAGUACCUCUUGGCUAUUCCUGAAACCAAACAAUCAGAACCUGUCUCACCUACUGUCCAAAGGAGGCAGAGUACCCUCAUGUUGCUGACACAAUCUGGCAACGACGAAGACAAACUUGAACCCACACUCUUUAGUCUGGUCGACCUUGUACUCAAUGGAAUCAGGUCGCACAAUCCACAGACAGUCGUCGCCGCUCUGAAACUCUCGUCAAUCAUGCUAACAAGGCAUCGCUCGUAUACAACCCUCACUUUACUGCAAUCAAAGUCAACUUUGGAGCCUGGAGAGAAGAGGACUGUCCAGGCUCUAUGCAUGGAGACGGACAUCCUCGUUCAAAUCGCUACAGGACUUGGUGGUGAAAUUGACGUUGAUGAGGCGUACGCCACCGCCUGUCAAGAUAUCACCGUCCCAAUGGAAGUCCAACUGACAAAUAGAACCCUGGAAGAGUCCUCGGUGCUGAAGAUUUCGCCGCACGACGCUUACAUUCAAUCAAUCCUUGCGGUUUUCGGAUCCUUCUUCUCCAAUAGCGUAGACGUCAACCUUUCCUUGACCGAGGCGACAAUCUGUCUGGCGUCAUGUGCUGGCAUUGGCCUUGACGGCUGGCUUGCUGUGCCCAGGGCAGACUAUCAAACAGCAACAUCCGAACCAGAGUUUGACACAACUAGUCUGGACGAGGAAGAAGCUGCAAAUCUCCGUCUGCUGCACACCAUGUACUCUCAGCAGCGCCGCGAUGGUUCUCAAGAUCCACAGCUGCCUUCAAUCUUGCGUGCUCUGAGUCGCCAGGUCGAAAAUAUUCGCUCUGACAUCCCGAUGAUUAAUCAUUUGGUCGAGAAACGUAUCGCAAUCCUGGGUGGGGCUGGUCGUGAAGACUUGCUUACUCAGCCUAAGACUUCUGCUGCUUCCAAUAGAAAAUCGACCGAGUCUUCGCGACCUAGCGAUCGUCAGAUACAACGCGUCCAGGAAGGAUCAAGACAGAGAUCAUCCUCGCGUGAGUCCAGUGGCCCUGGGUCGUCAACACCUGUGCGGGCCAGAGACAGUUCUUUAUCAGGAGUACCACCAAGAUCCAGCUCUCUCCCGCAAGCGUCCCGCGAACAACAAAAUUCGAUAUUCAGACCGCCACCUCCAGAAUCUCCCGAAGAAGAUAACUUGCCAGCUGAAAAUUUGUCAGUUCAGAAUGAGUCCAAGCAGAACGAAGCGCAGGCAUUGAGAGGAAGACUCCAAUUUGUUGCUGUCGAAUCUUCAGACAGCAAUACAGUUUUUGAGUACGUACCAAAUACUGUGGCUCAUAUCCAGUCAGAAGGCGAUGGUGAUAAAGAAACCAGAGAAGCCACUUUGAGCCAUGUCGUGACGAACAUAGUCAUCCUGCAACACUUUGUUGUAGAACUAGCUGCAGUGAUGAGGACCCGGGCAAUUGUUUUUGAGGAGGUUGCAUUCACUUGA